AUGAUUUUUCUCCUUCUCUUAGUUUCCCCACUUAAUAUUAUCAUCAUGAUCUCCUUAUCCUCCAAUGCCGUCGCCGAUGCGGCUGUAUGGGGCGGUUGCCAAGGGAAUCUUGGGGAGUGCAGAGGUAGCAUUGUCUUUGUCUACGAGGAGGCGGAGGAUUUCAUCGGGAGGCGGAUACUGCAGCAGGCCGGGGGCGCAGGAUUUAUAAGUUACGAUGCUCUCAAGAGGAAUACGGUGCCGUGUUCCAUGAGAGGGGCGUCUUACUACAACUGUCAGGCUGGGGCGGAGGCCAAUCCUUAUACCCGUGGUUGCAGCGCCAUUACUCGUUGUCGCAGUUGA